UUAUAUCCCAUCCCUACAUCAAAUGUCAUUGACACUGCACAUCAGUCGGUCCCAAUUGCACGGGGUCUGGUGUCGCACAAUAAAAAGCUUGUGAGCGGCGCGCAAGCGGUAAUUACAGCUCAACCUUUCAAACAUUUGGACGCCACAUGUGUUAAAUACAAUAUUAUCACAAAAACGCAACAAAAAGCACUCAAAACUCUAUGUACGAUAAAAAUCGUCGAUCGAAUCAGUGUCCGUGAAACAUUGCAAAUUAAUUAAAUGUUUAUAUUGUAAACUGUUGUGUGGAGUUUUAAAUACUUCCGUGGUGGUUCGUGUGUGCAGUUGCGAGUGUGUAGCGUGUCCAGAAACAUGGUUAUCGAGAAGAUAUGUUGCUUGGGAGCAGGCUACGUCGGCGGCCCGACUUGCAGUGUGAUCGCUAUGAAAUGUCCGAAUAUCCAGGUAACAGUGUGUGACAAGUCAGUUGAAAGGAUAAACCAGUGGAAUUCUGAGAAAUUGCCAAUAUACGAGCCUGGUUUGGACGACGUAGUGAGGCAGUGUCGUGGCAAGAAUCUAUUUUUUUCUACUGACAUCGCAAAGGGCAUACGGGAGGCGGAUUUAAUAUUUAUUUCUGUCAACACGCCCACUAAAACGUUUGGUAACGGUAAGGGCAGGGCCGCUGACCUUAAGUAUGUAGAGAGUGCGGCUCGAAUGAUUGCAGACCUGGCUACAAGCAACAAAAUUGUUGUAGAGAAGAGCACUGUCCCUGUGAAGGCCGCUGAAAUCAUUAUGAAAAUACUGCGAGCUAACACUAAACCUGGUGUGGAGUAUCAGAUCUUGUCCAACCCUGAGUUCUUGGCUGAAGGAACAGCUAUAGUGGACUUGGUAGAGGCUGAGAGAGUGCUAAUUGGGGGUGAAGACACUCCCGAAGGCCAGAAAGCUAUACAAGAGUUGUGCUGGGUCUAUGAGCACUGGAUUCCAGCGAAAAACAUCCUUACAACUAACACUUGGAGUUCAGAAUUGUCUAAACUAGCUGCAAAUGCAUUCCUUGCUCAAAGGAUCUCAAGUAUUAACUCUUUGUCAGCGGUCUGUGAAGCUACAGGUGCAGAUGUGUCUGAGGUAGCGAGGGCAGUUGGCCGAGACUCUCGUAUUGGGCCUAAGUUCCUUGAAGCAUCCAUAGGUUUUGGGGGCAGCUGCUUCCAAAAAGACAUUCUGAACCUAAUCUACCUGUGUGAAUGCUUAAAUUUGCCCGAAGUAGCCGCAUAUUGGCAACAAGUAUUAAGCUUGAAUGACUAUCAGAAAACAAGAUUCACUAGAAAAGUUAUUGAAUCAUUGUUCAACACGGUAUCGGACAAAAAUAUAGCGAUACUGGGCUUUUCAUUUAAGAAGAACACAGGAGACACACGGGAGUCUCCGGCUAUUCAUGUUUCUAAGACAUUACUUGAUGAGGGAGCCAAACUCCACAUCUAUGACCCUAAAGUGGAGCCUGAUCAAAUAUUCUAUGAGCUGACGAGUCCGUAUUUAACUUCGGAGCCAGAGAUUGUGAAGAAAAACGUAGAGAUUCAUGAUACAGCAUACUCUGCUGUAACGGGUGCACAUGCUAUAGUUUUGUGUACGGAAUGGGACGAAUUUAAAGUUUUAGACUUUAAGAAAAUCUAUGAAGUGAUGAUGAAGCCUGCUUACAUAUUUGAUGGACGGAAGAUUUUGAACCACGAGGCGUUGCAGAAUAUUGGGUUCCAUGUUCAGACUAUUGGCAAGAGGCUAAGCCGAGUGGGCAGCAUACGAGCACAAGGAAGUCAGACCAUGCCCUGAUAUACAGAUAUGGAGAGUUUUGGGGCGCUCAGUUCAGGUGCGCGGAAGAGUUGAGCCAAGACCAAGAUGGAAUGCUAAGGAAUUAAUAUUUGAUAAGUUAAAAAGAAUAUUUAUAUUUUUUUGUGCCACAAGCCAUUUGGAAGAUCUUUUAUUAAUCAUGUUUGCGUUGUACGUGUAUUAUACAUUUAUGUAUGAUGCUCCGGACUAUAGCCGUAAGAAAUUAAUUGUUUAGGACUUAAGGUCGUAUCUCUAAUUCAGAAAUUCUUGUACAGAAUCUGUGAACAAUAAUUCAUCUUAGAAUUCUUGGUGUUUGUAUAAAUCAUGUUCAUAUCAGGAAUAUUUUUAAACUAAUCGAUGUAUCGGUUAUUUCGUACGUAUGCAAUUUUUUGAAUUAUUCGGUUUUUGUUAGCUAUUAUGUAUUUAAAUUAAAACUGCCUCGUUGGCCGAGCGGUCGCAAGUGCGACUGCCGUUUAAACUGUCA